UACAGGUUUGGUUAAACAGUGCACUUUGGAAACUGCGACACUUGUUUGUGCUGAAAUGGAAGGAAUCCGCGCUCUGUUGCUUGUUUUGUUCGUACCUGCCGCCGUUUCAGCAGGUUCUCACUCUUUAGCCAUGGUCACAACGUUCAUCGAAGGACAGACGCCGUUUCCAGAGUUUAGUUUCACACUGAUGCUGGACGAUAUCACAGUUUCGUACUUUGAUUCUGAGACUGAGACGCUUUUUCCUCGAGGUGUUGAUCGAGACCAGGGCGACGAUGGUGUGAUCGACCCAGAUCAUCUCAAGACCAUAACGUCCUUCAUGCAUGCUGACUUUAAACGGAGACAUCUGUUUAUAAAAUAUGAGUUAAAUUACACUGAAAGUAUUCAAGUCCAACAGAGGCUGGUGGUGUGUGAACUGUUGGACAGUGACCAGCCUGGACCGUUCAUCCUCAAGAAUGCAAUCAGAGGCACCACGAGAGAUGAGCUGCGUUUCCAUGAACACAAAUUUACAUAUCAAAAUGCCUUAAAUAUCACAGAAGAAAGACUGAAAGCACAUUUGGAGCUAACUAUGUGGCGUCAUGAAAACCUGUACUACCCAGUGUGCAUUAAAACACUCAGAGGCUACCUGGAAAAGAGAAUGAGUCAGGUGAAGAGGAGAGUGAAGCCCAGAGUGAGGCUCAUCCAGAGAAGACGCUUUGUGUCUGGGUGGGAUGGCGUGACCUGCCUGGCCACUGGUUUCUACCCCCGUCACAUCAACCUGACCAUCUUCAGAGACGGGCAGCCAGUUCCUGACCACCUGACCACUGGAGGAGACCUGCUGCCCAAUGGAGAUGGGACCUACCAGAUGAGGAAAAGCCUGGAGCUCAGUGAAGAGGAGCUGAAGAAGCUCAGCUUCACUUGUACAGUCGCCCACCUCAGCCUGGAUAACAAGCUGGACGUCCAUAUGGAUUUUGAUCCAGGGGAGCCCAUCGUGCCCAUUCUUAGCUCUGUGGUGGCUGCUCUGGUCUUGGUGAGUGUGAUGGUGGCCGUUGUCUGGGUGAUGAUGAUACGCAGGAGAAAGCGAAGAGCUUCUUCUCUGGGGGACUAUUCAUCAACCUCCACCACAGAAGAAAGCAACGUUUCCCUGGAUGAUCUGGUCGAGGGCUCUUAGAAAUGAGAACUUCAAUCAUCUAAAAAAGAUCCUGUGUUCUGUGUGAAUUAUAUAUUUCUUUUUAUAUUGUGUCUUAGUUUUUAAAAUUUGCUGUACAUUGAUUAUUUAGAGAACUGGAAGUGCUUGGAAUGCUUUGCAUUUAUAAUCCAUGAAAUUUCAUAUAACGUGAAUUAGUGUUAAUUUCUUAAAAUAUGAAUUAUGCAUGCUUAAAAUGAAACUGCAGAAAAUGUCAUCUUGUUCUACUUGUUUUCUCACUCUGCAGAAAUAAUUACCACUUAAUCAUGCCUAUUGUUUGAUUACAUACAUAACUUUAACAUUUUUGGUAUCACUUUAUGUGAAGGCUACCUGCAGGGUGAAUAUAUAAUGCUAAGUAUUGUUAUAACAUACUUACGAAGCAAUGUUUGAGCAUUCAUGACCAGCUUAUGCAAGCAAUUGCGAGAUGACAUAAGAUGUCCUAUGAGGUAAAUGGCAUUGCAUUGUCAUAAGGGACCCUAAACUGAAGUGAUAGACCUUUCUGUAACCUAAUUCUUGUGGUUUGAUGGUUUAGUUUAGGUUUAAAGUGUGAGUGUCCACUGUGGUUAAUGAGCUACAGCUCUGGGAAAAAGCUGUGAGCAAAUCUGGCUGUGCUGGAUUUGUCAGCCCUGAAUCUUCUACCAGAGGGAGUGUCUGGAGGAGGUGAUGUCCAGGAUACGAGGGGACAUCUGUAAAGAACAUUCGACUACCCAGUGAGCAUGAACUGUGUUGGCACAGUCUGAAGAUUCAGGUGAAUGCAGGUUGGAUCCUAGGAGACUGGCUCAGCAGAGAGAACCUGAGAGGGAGGUAUCAACACAAAUUAAGUUCAAAUGAAAUUAUUUUAUUUCUCUCGCACAGGUUCAGCUUUCUGUUCAUAUGUCAUGCGUCCACCAAGUCCCAGCGUGGAUCUGGACUCGAUCUACCAGACUCCUCUGGAAGAUCACAUGACGUCUGAGCUUCCCUCUAAUGCAGACACUCAAACGGACUGAAUCUCCCAGAACCCUGCAGAAGAUCACCUGACUACUCACAGGACUUCAGGCUCCUAUCAGCGCUCUAGAUCUCCAGAGUACUGAUGUCACCUGUGUCAUCAGUCAUAUGACUUAGUUUAGUAUAUAAGCCUGGGCUUUAGCAGUAGAUAGUUGUGAGGUAUUGUAUCCACUCUGUGAUCUACUGAGUGGUCAAUCCAUUGUUUUUGUGUGUGACCUCUGCUUUUUUGCUCUGCCUUUGGGAUUGUUUGCCUCAUCACCUGUCUCCUGCAUCUUCGACAACGCCUUUGCGUCUCCCUGUUGGACUGUAAGCUUUGUGUUAUGCACAUCUGGUUGUAUUUGCUAUGCCUUUUGGAUUUGACCCCUGCCUGGCGUGUGACGACGGCUCUGGACUUUGAAUUCUUCAGUAGAGCCUCGUUUGUGUUUUACAUCCGCGAGCGUCUGAAUCUGGUUGAUCACAGAUCAAAGCACCUGAGCAUCCCAACAAUAAAGAACUCACAUUUUUAUUCAUUACCGCAUUUUCUAUUAUGUUAGGAUGUUAUAAACAUUAUAACACACUAUCUGUUUAUUCUUUGUUCCAUCUGUAAGUGACUCAUGGGGCGCUGGUGGAUACCUAAAUGUAAAUGUAUAUGUAGGCCCGACCUACUGGACCUACACCUCCCUUAAAUGCUCCCCAAAAUAGUUAAACAAAUUACAACACCGCCUUGAGGUUUUAGGAGGUCCAUCAAUCCCAUUAGUUCCCACACAGGGUUGGUAAGCAAUUUGGAGGAUUACCAGAGGUGAAUCGAGAAGAUGAUGACUUUGUCCACACAAUCUGCUUUAAAGUGUAGUCAUAGUGAAAGUUUAUACCGUUCAACACAGUGGAGCAGAAACUGGUCUGCAGAGGAGACAUCUUCCUGAGUCUGACAUCAUUUUAAAGCAGUUAAAAACACAAGCACUGCUCACUGCUGCUCAUCUCAUUCUGACUGGACCUCAUGUGAUGUUCGCUGUCAUGGCACCGUUUGCUCUACGCUCUACUCCAUGCAUGUGCUUCAUUUUGCAUCGAAUUACUUGUAGCGAGCAUGUAAAUGAAGAUUUUCAUCAGAUUGUUGAAUAGAGUGAGCAUAAACACUUCAGUCUGAAUCUGUAAUCCGAUUGUAUUCAAUUGGCUUGGCAAAAAUCUUUGCAUGUAAAUACAGCCAGUGAGUGAAAUGUCACGAGACUUUUAAAGCAGAGCCUGCAUGCAUGUGUCCCUGGCCAUGAACCAAACCUCACAAGACUUUUUGGGAAGAGCCUGCAUGUGUCAAGUGUCUUCGAGGCCCAGCACCCCCCUCUAUUGUGAAAGCCUUGAGACCCACUGGUCUCUUCUCCUUACUGUAAUACCCCUAAUACAGGCUACAUAUAUAUCUUUAU